AUGGUCUUCUCACGAGUAUUCAUUCGGCGUGCCGGGCUCGCCCGACCAGGACGUCAAAAUAUGACUGCACGACGCACAAUCAUGCCAGCCCCCGGGCCGAACGCGGGACCAUUGCUGGAACGACGCGCAGACCGAGAGCUGCCAAACCCCAAUCCCGGCCGACGCUGGCUACUCACUCUGCCAAUCUUCAUUAUUGCCACUGGAGCUGGCAUGCUGGGUAUCUUCAAUUACCAAAAGUCCUCGUCUAGUAUUGUGAACAGCACGCUGUAUGCGCUGCGCACCUCGCCCCAGGCUCGCGAGAUUCUGGGCGAUGAGAUCUAUUUUGCGCAGCAGAUCCCGUGGAUUAGUGGCGAAAUGAACCAAUUGCAUGGUCGGAUUAAUAUCUCUUUCUGGGUGAAGGGUACUAAGGCCCAGGGCAAGAUGAAGUUCCACAGCAUCCGGCCGAAUCGUAUGAGCUAUUUCCGCACUGAGGAAUGGAGUUUGGAGACCGAGGAUGGACAGGUGGUCCAAUUGCUUGAAAAGGGCAGUGAUCCAUUCCGGCAGGUUUGA